UUAUGUCUAUGAUUUUGAUAGGAGAAAAUGAUUUCUUCCUUCCAGGCAAAUUAAAACCAACAAUUAGAGCAAUUGUUCUCUUGAGGUCUAUAAAGGGGAAGACCAAGAUCACAAGCAGGUAAACAGUCAGUCUCUCGGUGAAGGUGUGCGUGUGGCUCAUUCCCUGUCUGUGGCUUCUUCACGAUGAACCGGCAAUUCACCUGCAAGCCUGGAGCUGCCAACAGGGGCUUCAGCGGCUGCUCAGCUGUGCUAUCCGGAGGCAGCGCAUCCUCUUACCGGGCAGGGGCCAAAGGGCUCAGUGGAGGCUUCAGCAGUCGUAGCCUCUACAGCGUGAGGAGCCCCCGGAGCAUCUCCUUCAAUGUGGCUAGUGGCAGCGGACGCACAGGGGGAUAUGGGUUUGGCCGGAAUCGGGCCAGUGGCUUUGCUGGCAGCAUGUUUGGCAGUGGAGUUCUGGGGCCUUCAAAUCCAUCCCUGUGCCUACCUGGAGGCAUCCACCAGGUCACAGUCAACAAAAGCCUCCUGGCUCCUCUCAACGUGGAGCUGGACCCGGAGAUCCAGAAGGUGCGCGCCCAGGAGCGGGAGCAGAUCAAGGCACUGAACAACAAGUUUGCCUCCUUCAUUGACAAGGUGCGCUUCCUGGAGCAGCAGAACCAGGUGCUGCAGACCAAGUGGGAGCUUCUGCAGCAGCUGGACCUGAGCAACUGCAGGAAGAACCUGGAGCCGGUUUAUGAGGCCCACAUCAGCAGCCUGCAAAAGCAGCUGGAUUCGCUAUCUGGGGACAGGGUGAGGCUGGACUCCGAGCUGAGGGGCAUGCGGGAUGCAGUGGAGGACUGCAAGAAGAGGUAUGAGGAAGAAAUAAACAAGCGUACAACUGCCGAGAAUGAAUUUGUGGUGCUUAAGAAGGAUGUGGAUGCCGCGUACAUGAGCAAGGUGGAGCUUCAGGCCAAGGUGGACGCCCUGGAUGGAGAGAUCAAGUUCCUCAAGUGUCUGUACGAGGGGGAGAUUACUCAGAUGCAGUCGCACAUAAGUGACACCUCCGUGGUCCUCUCCAUGGACAACAAUAGGAACCUGGACCUGGACAGCAUCAUCGCUGAGGUCCGAGCUCAGUACGAGGACAUCGCCCUGAAGAGCAAGGCGGAGGCUGAGAUGGUGUACCAGACCAAGUUCCAAGAGCUGCAGCUGGCAGCUGGCCGGCACGGAGAUGACCUCAAGCACACCAGGAAUGAGAUCUCUGAGUUGACCCGGCUCAUCCAGAGACUGCGAUCAGAAAUCGAGAGUGUGAAGAAGCAAUGCUCCAAUCUAGAGACAGCCAUUGCUGAUGCCGAGCAGCGAGGUGACUGUGCCCUCAAGGAUGCCCAGGCCAAGCUGGAUGAGCUGGAGAGAGCCCUGCACCAGGCCAAGGAGGAGCUGGCCCGGAUGCUGCGGGAGCACCAGGAGCUCAUGAGUAUGAAGCUGGCCUUGGACAUUGAGAUCGCCACCUACCGCAAGCUGCUGGAAGGGGAGGAGUGCAGGAUGUCUGGAGAACACACCAAUGCCGUGAGCAUUUCUGUCAUCAGCAGUUCCACACCUGGGACAGUCGGUGGUGCAGGGACCAGUUUCGGGUUCAGUAGCACCGGCACUUAUGGCUACCGACCGAGCUCUGUCGCUGGGGGCUAUGGCAUACUGUCAGGGGGCUGUGUCACUGGUAGUGGAAACUGCAGCCCCCGUGGAGAUACCAAGACCAGACUGGGUAGUGCAAGUGAAUUUAAGGAGGUUUCGGGGAAGACCUUGGCUUUGGGCUCACCCUCAAAGAAAACAGUGAGAUAAACUGACAGCUAGUCCUCCAUUUCUGUCCAGCUUUGGGUUUCUCCAGACACUAUUCCAGAAAAUCAUUCUGUUUUAUUUACCAUUGCUUACUUUUUACUUUUCUUUGUUGCCAACGUUGCCUUCUCUCCAAUUCCUCUGCCUUUAUUAACCACACCAGGAUUCUAGGGUUGACACUAUCUCAUGCAUCUUUCUGCCCCAUUGAGAAGGGACUACUUCUCUUAGCCUUCCAUACAUUCAUGAGGACUUGCCUGCAUGCCCUCUUGCAGCCUCUAUGCUGUCUACCUGCUGCCCAUGAUAAUCUGGGUACAAGAGACUUGAAGUAUGUUGAUGAACAUUCCUGCAAGUACCAGCCCAGCCUGAAUCAAGCACCUGACCACCAGCUGUAUCUGCCAUAAUUUCUUGUUGUAGGACUGGGAGUCCCCAUCCAGUCUGGACUUUGUUUUGGUCCCAGCUCUCUGCUCCUAUACCCCACUAAUAAACUUAUAAAAUAAGGUCAAA